CUCUCUUUCUUUUUUAUAUUUUUCUAUAUACUCCCUCAACCACCCCUCUUCAUCUGCUCUCCACUCCCCAUUCCUCUAACCAUGUCUGUCCAGCACAAGUUCCUCAAGCAAAAGUCCGUUGGUGUCAUUGGUGUCCCAUUCUCUGGUGGCCAGCCCAGAGACGGUGUCGAUCAGGGACCUCUCAAGAUCAUCGAGUUUGGUCUCCUGAACCAGCUCCAGGAACUCGAAUGGUCCGUCAAGUUUGAUGGCCACCGCGACUACACUGUCAUGCAGCCUACAUCUGACCCUCCAGUUGGAAAGCUCUUGAACGCUCGUUACGUCUCUGCUGUCACUGAGUCGGUCGCCUCCUCGGUUUCUGCCCAUCUCAAGGAGGGCUCCCUCGCCUUGACCCUGGGCGGUGAUCACUCGAUUGCUCUUGGAACUGUCUCUGGAACAAUGUCUGUCCACCCCGAUGCCGGUUUGAUCUGGGUCGAUGCUCACGCUGACAUCAACACUCCUGAGACCACUGAGAGCGGCAACAUUCAUGGAUGCCCCGUCUCUUUCUUACUCGGUAUCGCCGGCCAGAUCAAGGAGUUCAGCUGGAUCAAGCCUUGUCUCAGCCCCGACCGCCUGGUCUACAUUGGUCUCCGUGAUAUUGAUGCUGGCGAGAAGAAGAUCCUUCGUGAACAUGGCAUCAAGGCCUUCUCAAUGCACGAGGUUGACAAGUACGGUAUUGCGAAGGUUGUUGAGAUGGCCAUCGAGCACGUUUCGCCCAACUGCUCCCGUCCCAUCCACUUGAGCUUUGAUGUCGAUGCUUUAGACCCCUCGGUUGCUCCUUCUACUGGUACCCCCGUCCGCGGAGGUCUCACUUUCCGUGAGGGCCAUUACAUCUGCGAGGCUGUCCACGAGACUGGCUGCUUGGUUUCCAUGGAUUUGAUGGAGGUCAACCCCUCGCUCGAGGAUGAUCUUGCCGUCUACCAGACCGUCACUAUCGGAUGCUCCUUGGUCCGCUGUGCCAUGGGUGAGACCCUGCUCUAAGCUACCAACCUCCUUGCAUCUUUCCAACCGGUACGACCAAAAAGAAAAAAAAAAUAUCGAUACAAAAGGCAUUGAACGACACGACAUCUUCACCAUUCCCGACCGCCCUCGCCAUCCCACCAACCUCGACCGAUCAACAACAAAGAAGAAAAAAAGGAAAAAGCACCAAAAACACUUUAAAACUCAACAAAAAGCGACAAAAACAGCAACCAGAAAAAAAAAGUUCAUGUUUGACAACAUACUCCCUCGCCUUUCUUUAGCCUU